GAGGGUAUAUCUUUUAUAAGGUGUAGCUGAUUCACCAACAUUUCUUUUCUGUAUCUUGCACUGAAAAGAAAUAUAUUACUGUGAAGACGUUUGUAGAUACAACUGUCAGAAAAUAUUGAUACAAAUGAAAGGAAUAUCUUAAUUUGCCAACAAUGCAGUAACUCUUCAUUUUGUUCUCACAAAUUACAUUCCAUUUAAAUAGUUGCUAACUGAUGGAGCCUAUAGUUGUUUAUCGAAGCCCAGCUGAACCUUUUGAAUUUUCAAACCCACAGGCGGCAAAUGUUAACGAAAAUAGCCACAUUUUUAGGAGAGACUUGUCAUUCAAUCAGCAAAAUAAAGAAUUUCAUAUACAUUCACCAUAUCAAUCAGAAAUGUUUACAUCUCCAAACCACUAUGAUAUUAUGGGUCCUUUAUAUUUUAAUACAAAUAUGAUUCCAUACUCUCCUAUUUUAAAUUCGACUCAUAUACGGCGUUUACCGGACAGUAAUAUAAUUGAAUACUCUGCUAUGUCUAAUCCUUAUUAUAACGCGUGUCCUUCUUUUGUUCCUUUAAAUGAUAAUGAAAUAUAUAAUAAUGCCACGGAAAGUACGAUAUACCAGAGCAAUAAACGCCAUCUGACAUUGCUUUCCCCCGUUCAUUAUAAUGGUACUGUAAAACGACCACGCAUGAUUCAACCAAACAAAGUUUCAGAAACACGGCCCAUACAUUUCUGGAGGCCAUUUUUGAAUGAAGAAUCACCGGAUUGCGUGCCCAGAAGAAGCGAUAGCAAUAACACUGAUGACAAACAACGAAAUAACAAGAAACUAUAUUCAAAUGAUAGUAAUUCUAAAGCCUGUUACGAAAUACCGGUGAACAACAAUAAGAACAACAAUAAAAAUAAUGAUAACAACAAAUGUGAAAAUUUAAGUCAUAGGACUAUCCAUAAUACAUCUCCAACGUAUUUAAGACAAACGAAUGAGGCAAAAAGUAAACAUAGUGAAAGUAAUAAUAAAAAGAAAGAGGAGAGAAUGUUAACAAUGGCGAAAACAAUUGAUUUACUUCGAGAAGCAAGAACUGAGUGUGAUACCGAAGAACCAGUAAAUUUAAUCGUUCCCAAUAUUCGAAAUUGCGAAGAGGAACUGUUGAAAGAGAACAAUUAUGUGGAAGAUUAUUGUACUAAUUGUAAAAUAUGUAAUUUUCAUGAGAGACCCCACUCAAAUUCUAGGCCGGUUAGUUUGUUAUCGACCACACGACAAAAUGAAGGAAACGAAUCUUUAUCUUGCGCGUCUGAUGGCAACAUAACACGGAAAUCUCCGAGUAUCUCUGAUUUACCUACAAAUAUCAAUCGCUGGCAACAGAGAAUGAAGGAAGCAAAUAUGUCCCCAUCCAAUGGAACUGAUAAUAUGUAUAAAAGUUUUGCAAACGACACUCCAGAUAGUAGUUUGCAAUCAGCACUGGGCAAGAAUAUGUUUGACGGCAUGCAUUACCCACCAUCAAAUUAUUCUUGGAGCAAUAAAGUUAGGACUUCUAAUGAAUAUCCUUCGUCCAGAGCUGUCGAUUCUGGUGCAUACACAGACCAUGAAAAUGCCUUUAGAGUCUCCUUAAUGUACAAUGAACUACACCGUGGUCAUUCAGAAGCAUCAAAUAUGAAAGAAAAUGAAAAAAAUAUUCCAAAAUAUCAUUCACCAAAUUCCAGUUUUAAUUUCAACCAUUCAAGAAAUUUUAAUUUAGAAGCAAAAUCCAGUAAAUGUAAUAACUAUGAAAAAUUAAAAACUAGUGAUCCACCACUGUCACAAAAUGCAUAUAAGACCGUAGACUCCUAUUACGGUUCGUGUAAUUUCAUGAAAUAUAAAAUGAAUUAUUGGCAAAAUGGAAUGGAGGCACAUCCGAAUAAGCAUAUUGUCAAUUGCAACGAAAAUUGCCAUAAAGAAAGAUUAGAUAAAGUUCCAGAAUCAGCUAUAACUUUUUCGCAGAAGGGUUUGAGUCGACAUAUUCAUCGAGGUUUUCAUCCAGUUAAUGUAGACAGGUGUACAGAGGAACGCCAUGCGGUACAUUCGGCAGAAAACUGUCGCAGCGUAAACGAAAAUACUUCACUAAACGCCAUUGUAGAUAAUGCUGUGCACAAGCCAAAACCUACACAACCAAACCACCACCUGCAAGUAAAUCAGAAUUAUACAGGGACUGGAGAACUAAGAAAUACAGCAUCAGAAAUGCAUUCAAAAGAGGUAUAUUUUAAGUUGAUUCAUUCUUCAAUGAAUACAAACAAUGGAUGUUCAGAAAAAAAUAUUUCUGAACCUGAAAAUAUUAGCAUAACAGAGCUAAACAAACAUAUGUUAAAUCUGAAAAGCAAAGAAUAUAUACAUAACAAAACUACUUCCAGUAAUACUGAAAGUAUUCCAGUGUCUGUUAUGCAUAAGGCACUGGAAGAAAACACUAAUGACAUGACUCCGGAUGGUGGUCCAAAACAAUCCAAUUCAAUUGAAAUUAUUCAGAAUACUGUUUUACAAACAGCAACAAUUCGGAAUGCUCCACUUCUAAUGCUUCCUAAUAAGGGAUGUGUACCAGAGGUUAACAAAAGAACAAAUGUUACGGAUGAUUUCACAACAAAUGAAGGUACAACAAACAUUAUAAACAGAGAACAAGCCACAAAAGAAGUCACUAUGGCAUUGGACUCGUGUGGGUAUAGUAAAGAUGUAGAAGAGGAGGAAACAUAUCAAACAACACUCCAUGAUACGCAAACUAACGCAACAGAAACUACUUAUUUGAGUAACACUGGCAAACAAACAGCUAAGGAAACGAUGUCGGACUCACAAACAAACUUUCCAAAUACGAAAAAUUCUGAAAAUUCAUCUUUACAAUGUGUUUAUUGUGAUGAAAUAUUCCCAACAACGAAAUUAUUGAAGGAACAUUUGAAGUCUCACCCAGCCAAUUCUCCUUAUUUAUGCCCACAUUGUGAUUUAAAAUUUUCAUCCAAACCAAGGUAUUUGCGACAUGCUCUAUUACACACUAAAGAAAAACCUUAUACCUGUGAAGAAUGCCAAAAAUGUUUUACAACAGUCACUGCCUUCCAUAGACAUCUUCAUGCAAAAAGGCAUUCUGGCAAUAAUUUAUCAACUUGUAAGCAGUGUGGUCUGUCUUUCAUUGAUGAUGUAUAUAUGAGCUUGCACUUUAAAACCCAUACAGGUGAGCAUCCAUUCCAAUGCGACAUAUGUGGCAAUAUAUUUGCAUGCAAGAACAACUUGAAAAAUCAUAUCAUGACCCAUACAGGCGAGAAACCGUUCCAAUGUGUUCAUUGUGCUAAAAGAUUCGUUACCAAUUUUUCUUUAAAAGUUCACAUCAGGACACACACAAAAGACUAUCCAUAUAGCUGUAAGAUCUGUAAGAAAAAAUUCCUGUGCAGUUCCAACAUGACUAGUCAUGUGAGAACUCAUACAGGUGAAAAGAGACAUCAGUGCUAUAAGUGCGGCAAGUUUUUUUCCAGUCUGUCUGGUAUUCAAGGACACCAACGGACUCACACUGGGGAAUGUCCUUAUAGUUGUAAUAUCUGCAAUAAGUCCUUCGCUAGUAAGUUUUCUUUGCGAAUCCAUAAACGAACUCAUUCUGGCGAAAACCCACAUCGAUGCAGUUACUGUAAUAAGACAUUUUCAAAUAGUUCAAAUAUGCGCCGGCAUCUUCGAAUUCACACGGGCGAACGACCAUAUAGUUGUACAUACUGUUCGAAAGCCUUUUGUAGCAGUACAUACCUGAAAUCUCAUAUUCGAACGCAUACAGGUGAAAAACCUUAUAAAUGUAAAUAUUGUGGUAAAGAGUUCUCCAAUACUCUGUGUUUCAAACAGCACGUUAAUAAUCACGAAAAGAACUCCUCAUGUCCUUUACCAACGGGAAAAAAAUAAUUUUACUAAUUUGAAGUUAAAAUUCUAUUUCAAUAUUUUUUUCUUACCUUAUUAUUUAAAAAUUGGUUUCCAAGCUCGUGAAUUUGUUCGAAAUAAUACAAUAAAGUAAUCAAAACCAAAUGCAACAAGACCAUGAAACGCAACUGAA